AUGAAUUGUGACUUCGAGGAAGACAUGUGCGAUUUGAUGAUUUACCGAGAUCAUGAAGAUAUGGAUUUAUACUGGGUUCGUCAUUCGGGGUCGACUGAGACACCAGGAACCGGGCCGUCGUUCGACCACACCUACGGCACUCAGCGAGACGGAUCUUACAUCUACAUGGAUUCGCCAGGGUACGUGGCCGGCGCAAGCGCGACUCUCAUAGGGCCACCUACAAUUUUCCCGCAGGGGCUCUUCUGUGCUCGCCUUUGGUAUCACAUGUGGGGAGAUGAUGUGAACUCCCUUAGAGUCUACAUGCACGAAUUGAAAGACGACCAAGACGCAACCGGGAACUGGGGGAAGCCGAGGCUCCUCCGAGUAGGUGACCACGGCGAUGAGUGGCUAGAAGGAGGCUUUGAAUUUCAGUCAGACGGGAAGACCGCUCAACAGUUGGUUAUUGAAUCCCUCGCUGGGUUCAGUGAGAAAGGCGAUAUAGCUGUGGAUGAUCUACGCAUUGUCCCAGGGCGCUGCCCGGAGGAAAUCAAGCGCGACUCGUACAACGCAGACUACAUUUGUGGCGAGGUCCGCCUUCUCACCGGAAAUUGGUCACAAGAAAAGUCUUGGUUCGUUGAAGGGGCUGUCUCCUGUGCUGGACGCGGUUACAGCUACGACAACCUCAAAGGCAACUGGGUCCCCUGUUGCGUUCCGCGGUAUGGGCAGUACACUCUGGUUCUUCAUGAUGCUUUCGGAGAUGGGUGGUCAGGAUCUAAGCUUGAGUUCCGCUUCUUCGACCAGGUGCAGGAAUUCGGUUCAGAUUUCAUGGGCAUCGAGGACGGCGCCGAGAAAAAGUAUACUCUGAACAUCGGCCUUCUCCAGAUUACACGGAUAGAGGGAAGUCAAGACCGCAUUGCUCUAGAGAUUCAAGUAGCUCAGCCCAAUUCUUACGUCUGGUGUGGCGCUGCCUUGUCUGGGUCUCCUGCUCCAACUGUUGAGGUUCUGAAGAAGUACGGAAUUCGGUCUCAAGAGCAGACGAAGAAACCUGGAGACAGACUGCGUAUGGAGAUUGCGAACAAGCCAAACGACAGACGCAUUCUGCAGCCAGCCACCGACUACAACAUCUACUGUUACGCAGAGCCUGCUGCGUAUGCGGCCGACCAGAAUCAGGUGAUGAUGAUGGACGACGCCCAAGUGGCUGCGUCCCGCGUGAUGGUUACGACAGACAAUAAGCCCCCAGAGAUCACUGUUGAGAGCGUAGACGAAGAGUAUACGGAGGCAAGCGUCAGAAUCAGGAGUGACGAGGUGGCAACUGUGUGGUGUGCAGCUGAAGAAGUGAGCAAGGUGCCAACAGACGACGCUGGCCAGUCCCCGCCACGGAGUGUAAUCAAGAAGGCAGGAAACAAAAUCCAGAUCGUCAAGGGAACAGAAAAUACGCCUCAGAUUCUAAAACUUAAAAACCUAAUGCCCGAUACUAAAUACCGCGUCUACUGCUACGCAGAAGAUCGUGCCCUGCCGAAACCGAACUUCACCGGUCCGGAGCAAGUGAGCGCCAAGGCGUUCGAUCUCGUAACACCGAGCAAGGUGCCUGAGCUGAAGAUUGAAUCUUACAAAGCAUUCGUCAGGGGAUUCAAGCUCUCAGUGAAAACAGACACGCCUGCGAAGGUGUGGUGUGGAGCGGCUAUGGCUGGGUCUGCUUUUCCAAAGAAAGAGGAUGUAAAGCGUGUUGGUGCUACUGCAGAGGUCACAGAUACCACGAAACCAGCGGACCUCGAAAUUCGUGGCGUUCCACCGAACACACGCUACUCCAUUUAUUGCAUGGCGUCUUCGCGGUCUGGAGCCUCGGAAAUGACAGACCAACAAAUGUGGGAUGGAGCUCUCGAGGUGACGUCGUUCGGCAAAUUCUGUGACAUGCCUAUUGAACCUGCAGUUCUUUCGGAGGGACCGGCGACUCCGUUCGAUCCUCUGACGCCCCCGGAGGAAUUCAUGGUUCGCGACUUCAUGAACACUCAGAAGAACCUGAGGCUCGAAGGCAUCUACCGGAUCAAUUUGUUCCUGGACAAAGACGCGAUUCUAAAUCACUUCGAGAAGGGAGCGGAAUUCCCCAAGAGGUACGCGCGCGUCCGCGCAGGCGUCUGCAACAACGGGAAAGGAGCUUACAGACAGUUCAAAGUCGGCCCUCUGGACACUGAAGAUGCGAAGAACUUGAAGAUAGAAGACAUUGGAGAGCCUGUGGAAACUGACUGUGGAGGCUACAAUCCACAAGGGGUGUUUGGACGUCGUCUCCUGGACCAAGAACAGGAAAAUGAACUGGACGCUUUUCUUCAUCGUGUUUUUGGGUACCACUUUGGUGUCAAGGCGUGCGUCUACGGGGAAGUCGACAACUGUUUGAAUUUCGGCCCUCUUAUCUACAAGCAGAAAGGAGAUCAACUUGAAGAAGUAUGGAUCGGUCUGAAGACGCCGCCGAAGGAGCAGGGGGAUUACGAACACAACCUCCCCUUUUACAUUGUUGCGGAGCCGCCUGUUGCAGACGAAAAAGUAGACGUUGUGAACGCGGAGAGUCGUGACCGCGUCGCGCUCCUUUUGGAACACGUGAAAGGCUACUCACUGAAUGGUGUGCAGUUCGAUUCCCUUGACGAAAUGUUCGAGACCGUCGACACAGCAGCCAAUCCAGAACUCACUGUGGAAAAGCUCCGGGACGCUAUGAGCGAAGUCAGGAACAAGCGAGAGGAACAAAGAGCCAAUGCGGUCCGUCGACUAGCGCCGUAUAACAUUGGACCUAACCCUAAAGGGCGCGAGGGUUUGGAGUACCGCGUCGGUCCCGAGCACAUUGAGCCGCAGGGAAAGAGGUACACUAUUACCCACAAUCCAGACUCCACCUCAUACUCGAUCAACUACGCAGGCUGGACGAUGACGGUGACGAAUGACCGCGACACGUCCCUGAAAAUCUGGAAUCUCCGCUUCAAAGACCAGAGAUACGCCUUCGAACUUGGCGUCAACGAAGCCCUUGCCCACUACAGUGUAGCAGAGCGCCACUGGUAUUUCAUGGAUUCGUGGUACGGCGGCCUGGGCGCGGCCGCCCGUCGAGUGCAUCCAGGAAUAGAAUGUGCCAAGACAGGCACGGUCUUGUUCUGGGACAAGUCACUUUGCGUCUUCGAGGAAGACAAGGCUCGACCUCUCCGGUCACACUGGAAAGCUGGAGUCCUGCGAGACGCCGUGCCCCAUUAUGCUCUUGUCCUCCGACAGAUCAUCACAGUCAGCAACUACGACUACAUCACCGACUACGUCUUCCACCAAAGUGGGUUUUUCGAGGCCACAAUGGCGUUUACGGGUGAGCUGUACGCCGGGGUGGAAGUGCCAUGGUACUCAGCUCGACAGGCCAACCACGGAACCCAGGUCACAGGGUCUAUGCGAAUGGGCGCUCUCCAUGCUCACUUGGCCUCGUGGAAGAUCGAUUUUGACCUCGACGACUACAAAUCCAACUCGAUUGCCUGGCAUGAGAUCAAGCAUGACACCGCGCGUCCCGGAGCGCUCAAAAUCGACACUUGGUUCGCAGAAACGGAAGAGCAAGCGUACUACAAAUUUAACGACACGCGCCCUCUUCAUUACCAAGUUAUCAAUGAGGACCACAAUGUCUACGGAAACGUCGGCGGAUUCACUGUCCUGCCUCUCCCGACCGUUGCGAUCCCCAAUCCUGAGUUCGAGCUAUAUACCGGUCCCGCUGCCUGGGCAAAGUACCGUAUUUUGACGACUUUGAGGAAGGAAGAUGAAUUCCAUGGAUCUCUGCCGCGGGAUAAUAAAUAUGCCUUGCGCCCUGCUGUUAGCAUCGACCGUUAUAUCCGUGACAACGAGCCGAUCCGCAAGAAAGAUGUCGUCACGUGGGUUGCGUCCUCUGUUUGGCAUAUUCCUGUGAUCGAAGAUAUGCCACAGACGCUCUCUCUUGGCAAUACUCUCGGAUUCCUUGUAAAGCCUCACAACUUUUUCACCGAGGAUCCCUCAAUGGACCUCCACAACUCCCUCGGUGGCGCCGUUCAGGACCCUGGCACGUGUGCGAUCAUCCGCCAGGAAACGGAGAAGUACCUGCAGGAGUAG